AGCGAGUUAAUUGCCCUAUUUCUUUAUCUUCAUACUGUUUGGCGCAAGUGACUGUUAUUGAGCGACAUGGCUUUACAGUAGCUCUGACAAUAUUAAAUAUUUUUCAAUUACCAACGCUAGAGUGCCUAAAAUAUGCCAUGUCGGCUGGCAUCGCAAUUUUAAGGCUGAAUAGCUAACGUUAACAUUAUUCUAAUCUCGGUCAUAUGCUAUAUCUUGACCUUACCGUUAGGUGACAAAAUAAAUCAUGCCUCUCUGAUGAUUCCUCGAACGGUGGGUGGCGUUACAGGAGUAACGUUAAAUCCUGACAGAUCUUGAGGAAUUCCAGCUCGAGUGUCCCCUGAAUUAUAUCUGCAAACUCCUCCACCAUUCCUCGUCACAUUCUUUGACUCAACGAGACCCCGGAAGAGGGGCUCUGUCAGUGGCCCGCGGGUGGUCAACAGCUGGCAGCCGGCUCCCCCAUUUGCUCAGCAGCAAAAGCAGGGCAUCAUGGAGGUGGGAAUGAGAGUGGUGCGGGGCAUUGACUGGAAGUGGGGCAACCAGGACGAGGGUGAAGGACAUGUUGGAACUGUGGUGGAGAUCGGCCGACAAGGGAGCACAACAACGCCUGACAAGACGGUCGUUGUGCAGUGGGACAACGGGACCCGCACCAACUAUCGCACAGGUUACCAAGGCUCCUUCGAUCUGCUGCUUUACGACAAUGCACAGAUAGGGGUACGACAUUCGAACAUCAUCUGUGACGGCUGCAAGAAGCAUGGGAUCAUGGGUAUGCGAUGGAAGUGCAAAGUGUGCUAUGACUAUGACUUAUGCACACAAUGCUAUAUGAACAACAAACACGACCUUGCCCACCCCUUUGAGCGCUACGAGACUGCGCACUCCCAACCAGUGAGUCUAGCACCAAGACAAAAUCUGUCGCGGAUUAUCCUUAAAGGCAUCUUUCAAGGAGUGAAGGUUGUUCGAGGACCUGACUGGGACUGGGGAAAUCAAGAUGGAGGAGAGGGGAAGAUUGGCAAGGUGGUGGACAUCCGCGGUUGGGACACGGAGUCCGGUCGUAGCGUAGCCAGUGUCACUUGGUCCAACGGUACCACCAAUGUGUACCGGAUGGGCCACAAGGGCAAAGUGGACCUAAAGUACGUCUCCGAUGUUCAGGGUGGAUUCUACUACAAAGAGCACCUUCCAAAUCUAGGUGAACAUGCAGAAUUGCAAAGGCAGGAGAGUACAGAUGGGCAUGUCUUCCAGCAAGGAGACAAAGUCAAAUGUCUCCUGGAGGUGGACAUCCUUAAACAAAUGCAGGAAGGACAUGGAGGGUGGAACCCCAAAAUGGCAGAGUAUAUUAGCAGAAUCGGGAGCAUCCAUAGGAUCACAGAACGGGGUGAUGUCCGUGUGCAGUAUACCAAUAAUAUCCGCUGGACAUAUCAUCCUGGGGCUCUUACCAAGGUGAACACAUUUGGUGUGGGUGAGCUGGUGCGAGUGUUGGAGGACGUUGAGAGCGUUAAGAGACUCCAGGCGGGCCACGGUGAAUGGACGGACAGCAUGGCAUCUGCCCUUGGGCAGGUGGGUAAGGUGUUGAAGGUGUACGCCGAUGGUGACCUGCGUGUGGCAUUUGGCAGCCAAACAUGGACAUUUAAUCCCGCGUGCAUUUGUGCCCAGCCUGUGGAAGUGAACGCCAAUUUGAUGACGACUGAAAACCCGACUCAGUCAGGAUGCAGCGUAAGCUCUGUUCUAGAGAAACUGCUGUCCCAGUCAACGGAGCAAGACAACCCCAGCAGGCUUGUUAUUGAGGCUGCACGAGGCAGUGCCGCCAAAGUACAAGAGCUAGUUCAAAAAUUCUCUGACAAGGUUGAUAUACAGAACCAGGGCAAGACCGCACUGCAGGUGGCGGCCCACCAGGGGCACAUAGAGGUGGUGAAGGUGCUGCUGCAGGCCAACAGUGACAUUGAGCUGAAAGACGAUGAUGGAGAUGCUGCUCUACACUACACAGCCUUUGGGAACCAGGUGGAGGUUGCAAGAUUGUUGUUGAACAAAGAGGCCAAUGUUAAUCUUCUGAAUAACUCCAUGUGUACUGCCCUCCACAUUGCUGUCAACAAAGGUUUCACAGAAGUGGUCCAUGUUCUAACGGAACACUCAGCAGAUGUCAACCUUCAGGAUUCUUAUGGAGACACCCCACUUCAUGAUGCCAUUGCUAAAGACUUCCAGCAUAUUAUUGAGAUCCUGACAUCCGUGCCUAGUAUUGACUUCACUCUCCAGAAUAACCGUGGUUUCAACCUGCUGCAUCAUGCUGCUUUGAAAGGCAACAAGCUUGCAACCAAGACUAUACUAGAAAGGGCACGUCAACUAGUCGACGUGAAGAAGGACGAUGGCUUCUCGGCAUUGCAUUUGGCGGCCCUUAACAACCAUUAUGAAGUUGCUAAGAUUCUCAUCAAAGAGGGCCGCUGUGAUAUCAACAUCUGCAACAACCGCCACCAGACACCAUUACAGCUUGCAGUCACCCAAGGUCAUGCCGAGCUAAUACAACUGCUGGUGACAGAGGGGGCAAACGUGAACAUGGAGGAUGAAGAAGGUGACACUUCCAUGCACGUAGCUCUUAGCCGAGAGACACUGGCAAAUGUCAUGAUUGCCACAGAUGGAGAGGGAUCCUCCUUGUACAAUGUGCUAAGCAGAUCUGGACUGAUGGGCAACACAGACCUGAAUCUGGGCACUGCCAUCGCCUGCUUCCUGGCACAAGAGGGGGCUGACAUUUAUUAUGCCAACCACAAGGGCAAGAGUCCAUUCGACCUGCUCACCAAUCCCACUCAUCAGCAACUCAUCAAGAGCUUUUCUGAGAAACACAGGUUGCAGCAGCUACAGGCAGUCACAUGUGGUACCAGUGGCAGCAGUAGCAGCUUGAGAAGAGUUCACACCACACCUAAUACAAUGACUAACUUGGCCAUGCCAUGUGCUCCUGGCCCAAGUGAAUGCCUAAUCUGUUCUGAGCUGGCACUGCUUGUUCUUUUCGCCCCAUGCCAGCACAGUGUGGCCUGCGAAGAAUGUGCUCAUCGGAUGAAGAAAUGCAUCAAAUGCCAAGUCACCAUCACUAAGAAAAUACGUCAAGACCAGACAGAAGUGGACUUCAGUCCCGGCUCCGAGAGCUCGGAGCAGCACAACCUGCUGGAGCAGCUGCAGUCGCGCUAUCGGCAGAUGGAGGAGCGCAUCACCUGCCCCAUCUGCAUCGACAGUCACAUCCGCCUUGUCUUCCAGUGUGGCCACGCCUCCUGCAUUGACUGCAGUGCCGCGCUGAAAACCUGCCCCAUCUGCCGACAGACCAUCCGGGAACGCAUACAGCUGUUUGUAUGACUAGGCCUACUGUAUACUGUGACUGUGCCGUCUGUCCAGUAUCGGAUGUACAGUACAUUUCUCCUAUUUUGCUUACCGCAGUAGAUAUUUGUGACAAUGCAUACUGACUGGUUUUCACAUUGCGAUGAAGCCACGCAUCUGCUUUCGCCAUAGUCAGAUAUUGAUCAUUUAGAGGAAGAGUACAGUAGGUGCAGGAGAUCAUGUACAGUACACCUCGUCACUCCUCCCUACUUUCUUGCCUGUGCGUGUCGAAAAUGCACAACUUUUUUUUUUUAAAUGUGUGUUAUGUUGCAAUGCUUGUCUGCAGAUGUGAGUUUAUCAUGGAAUCCCAACCAUUACUGUUGUUGUUGCCGUGGCAUAGCAGGAACACGUGUUCUGAUGUGGCUGUCUAAGCAUGUCACAUAAAGGUUAUAUGCUACUGAAUGAAGGCUGAUUCAUUUUGCUCUAGAUUUGCUGUACUCUUAAACAUAAAAUGGACUCCCAUCCUCUCAUGAAACUUUUUCCAUGAGAAGUUUCCACAAUCAUAUUAUAACACAUUUCUUACAAGUAAACCCACUGACGAACUGUAUCACUGUAUGUUAACAUAAUCGUUAACUAAUUUUGUACGUAUGUACAGUAGGUGUAUUUAAAAAGGAGACAGAUCAAAGUAUAAUUCCCUUAGGACAAAAGUAUCUGCUAAGAACUAUAGUAUAAACAUAAAUAUAAAUAUUAAGUAAAAUAUUUGCAUGUUACAAGUAAAGGAGAAUUCCGUUUUUCAACCUGAGCCGAGCUAGCUGAGCUGACUGGUUAAGCGCCUACAAUGCAUUCAUGUGUGGGCAUAUACGCGAACAUCAAACAGUCAUUAUAUUGUGUCUUUACCCUUUAUUGGGGUAAAUAAGCACACGUGUUGAGCCUUGGCAGUGGCAAACAAGGCAGAUCCUCCCUUUUGAAUGCAUAGUUAUUUGAAUAGUUAUCUAACUAUUCUUUGUAUAUGUAAUACAAUGCAACAAUGACUGUACUCCUACAUACAAUUGCAUUGCGAUCUUAAGUUGGAACGUGAAAACAUUAGCACGAGUCGAACAAUGAAUCCUAUUUGAUUUCAAUUUCAAGUUUCAAUUUCAUGCCGAAUCUGUUCCGGAAAUUGGCUGGUGUUGCACAAGCUGGGAAAUCCAACACUCUCCACUGUACCCUACUUCUGCUAGGAGCCUGACAGUUGGCCCAAAGAGGCCAAGGCUAGCUGCCUCCCCAACAGUGCUCUAUCUAACAUGGAACUAAGCUGUAUCAUUUUCCACAGUGGAAAGGCUGAUUGGUGUUUUGUAAACAGCAGGUUUUGUGGUUAACAAAAUCAUGCUACUGUAUGUGUUCAGUGCAGGAUGAAAGGGAGUCAACUGAAGUAAUAAAAAUGACAUCCGUGCUUGAGGUAAAGAUGUACAGUCUUGCUUAUGUACGAUAAGCAGCACAAUGUAAGGCUGUUCUCAGUCUCCCUCAUUCUGUGCCUGGCUGUAAGCAACAUAAUGCUACUUCCUCUCAGCCAAUGAAAUGCUUGUUGGCCUAUGCAUAAAUAAGUCAUCUUGGAGACUUAGCCUCUGCGAGUGUACAUCAGAAUUUUCUGAUAUGACUAUACACUCGAUAAGAUAACACAAAGAUGUUUGCGAAAUAAUACAAAUUUUAGGAGAGACAAUUUGGUUUUCCCAAAACAUUGGUAUGGACAUGUCCCCACCAUCCAUUCACAAAUCUACAGUAUGCUGUUGCUUAGAUCCGACCCUUGAAGCCCAGAUUGGAACUGUCAUUUGAAGAAUUGUGGUUUCCCACAGUAUUUAAGACCUAGGCCGGAAACAUGAAUUGAUAUGUGUGUUCAGUUGGUAAUGGUCAUCUCAUUAUGCAACCAAACACCCAUUCUUGUCUGCCUUUCCCUUGUAAGCAUUAGGAUUGUAUUCAUUCCAGUUAGCUUAGAUUACAAUAUUUAUUUGAUGGAUGAAUGUAUUCAAUGAAGCUGAAAAUAGUUGGUUGGUAUCUGUUCAGUUGCAUUGCAUUGCAUAAAAAAACAAUAUCAUGAUAAAUAGUAUUUUGUUGGCUUCCCACAUUUGUGUGGCAGUAAUGGUGUGUUAGCUAAUGUCUGGGAUGUGGCCCACAUGAGAGAGAAUGAUGUUUUGAACUAUCAUUAGUGCCAAAAUCUUUCAAUGGAUAGGGCUUGAUAGAUGUUUGAUGGACAAUUCGUCAUUACUCUGUAUGCAGAGCUGUCUGUGAUUUUUCAAUGUAUCUUUUUUUUUUUUUUUUUUAAGCAAAGCGGUUCAACUGUUAUAUUUAAUGUUUGCAUAAUAACAAGACACAUCGAACACCAGAGAUUUAAAAACAAAGCAACAUACAGAUGUCAUAUACGACUUUACAGAAUACAUCACAGCGUGAGUCUGGACUUCUAAUUAAUUUUAGUGUGUACAUUUGUACUGUAUUUCAUGCAUAUUGAUUUCAACAUGUUUAAUCCUAAUAUGGCCUUACUGUGCAUUCCAACUAUUUUAAUGUUUGUUGAAUUGUUGUUGACUUGGUGAUCUGGAAAAUAUUUUCAAAUAAAUAUUAAGAUGUUUUGUAAAA